GUACAGAUUCAUAUUAUGAAAUAGUGAAGUUUUAUAUUCAAUUUGGACAAAUGAAAACAGUUUCAUAAUGAAGGAAGAUUUUCUAUUAUUAAAGUAUUGUACUUAACUUGAAUAUAGAAUAGUCAAAUACUGACUACCUUACAGAGUGGGUCAUUUUCAUUCAGUAAUAGAAAAUACACGAUUGGACAUAAAAUGGCUUAUUGUAGGUAAAGUGAACUAUCAACAACAAAAUAUUAAUACGAACCAUCGAAACGUACAUGAAAUGAAACGCGAUGUUAUGUGGAAAUAAUUUUAAAAAACGAUAUUUAGUGUUACAUUUCAAAAGCACUCAUGGAAGGCAAUGCUUAUUUAAACUGGGACGUCGGGUAUCGGAAUGAAAACAACGAUACAGCACUUCAUGUUGCAAUUUCGAACGAUGCUGAUAUUGACAUACUUAGAGCCCUCUUUGAGAAGAAAGCAGAUGUAAAUGCAUUGAAUGAUGAUGGAAAGACGCCAUUUGAAUGUAUCCGCCACGGCUCUUGGGAAACCGCAAUUAACAUUCUAAAAUUGGAGAAAGAUUUUGACCUAAGAGACGAUAAUGGUGAUAGUUUUCUGCAUGUGUUGAUGGAUAGAGUUGGGGAUAGUGUUUGGGGAAUAAGAAACACCCUCGAUGGUGAAGUAGAAUUUGGACAUUCAGAUCAAGAACAAAUGCUGAAGAAAUUUUGGGAUUUUAUUCUUGAAAAUAUAGAUCAGUUUGAAAUAAAAUUGAAUUUACAGAAUUGCUAUGGAUGUACACCAUUGCAUAUAGCAGCUGAUUAUUGGCCAUCAAUGAAAAGUCUUGAAGUAAUGCUGUCCUCUUUUAAACAUCUUAAUCCAUACAUUUGCGAUGUAGAAGGUGAAAACUUCUUCCAUAGAUAUUUUCUUAGGCACAGGGGUUUGUAUACACCAAUGUUUCAAACAAAAAUGCUUAGAGGUGAGCUUAGGUUUUUGCCAAGAGAAACAAUUUCCAAACUUCUCAACAGCCAAAAUAAUGACAAAAACACGCCUUUGCACAUUCUUAUAAAACUCGGCGAGGGAAAGGCUAUAACUGACUUUGAAGACAUUCUUCAAGGAGGGGCAGAUCCAAAUAUAAAAGACUGGAUCGGAGACACGGCUCUUCAUUGCAUUUUCAAAAAAUACUUAAACCAAUUAGAGGAAGACACAGGUGAAGAUGACGAGGAUUCUGAGUUUUCUAAACUCAUCAAUAAUUUAACAAAUGAAUUCAUAAAAUGCUUAGCUUUACACGGAGCAGACGUGAACGCUAGGAAUAAAAAAGGGGAGUCUCCUAUAUUCCUUGCCAAGCGGAAAGAACAUAUAGAUACACUACUUGAUCUAGGUGCUGACGUAAAUGUAAAGAACAAUCUUCAGCAAACACCAUUACUCUAUUUCGUAUGUAAAGAGAAUGUUGAAUUAGAUACUUUAUCCAAUUUGCUUAAAAGCGGAAGUGACGUGCUUUACAAUGAUGUCCACGGAAAUACUGUAUUACAUUACAUUGCCUGGCAUGGCUACCAUAGAGAUUUUUUACCUUUUUUAAAAAGCUACAAAAUAACAGCCAUUCGAGAUAAACUUGGACAACUACCGUGUGAUGUAGCCUACAUGCAAGGGCACAAAGCAAUUUUUGAUGACAUAUGUGAAUGUUCUAAUGAAUCACAUCCUAACCGAGAUCAUUUAUAUCUGACUAGCGACAGUAUUCAACUGAAUGUAUUGAAGUCGGCUUCUCGGGAAUUUCAAGAAAAGAUCGAUUGUAUAAGACAACACACAGGUAAAUGUGAAAAUAUUGCAAAUGUUUUGAGGUUCCCUUGUAUUGGCGCUAUAUUUUUCGAGGGAGAAACUGCUGAGGUAAAAGAUGUGACGAAACAAAUUGUAGAAAGCAUUUGUAAAAAGUUGGCGGACAAAAGUGAACUUUGGAAAUGCAGGAUAAUACAAUCUGGAAGCGUUGGAGAAAAUACAAAAGUUAGUUACCCAAAUGAGUUUGAUUUUGUUAUAGUAAUAGAAAAGCUAGGAGAAAUUUGUUACGUGGAUGAGCAGAAGUCAAUGCAGGAUCAGGGUUAUGCUUAUCUUAAGCUAAAACCAGAGCUUGCAUCAGAGGAGAUAAGUAAAUAUUUUGAUGAUGAAGGUUAUCUUAUAACUGACGAAGUCCGACGUGAACUUUGUGACAUCUUAGACGAGCUUUAUACAAAUGAAAGUCCGUUUAAUCAUCCAAAUAUCUCGUUUGUUGUGGGCAAUAACAAAGCAAUAAUAAGCCCAACAUUUAACUUUACCUUCUACUGGAAGGGUUGUCUGUACAAAAAUCUUCUUGUUGACAUAGAUCUUGUUCCAGCUUGCAUGGUAAAAAACUGGUGGCCUGCUGGUACGAAUAUUGAUGAGCUGGAGGGUGAUCAAAAAACGCUGAAAGAUCAAGGUGCUAUACUUCUUUUACAGACUGAAGUGAGUGGUAUAGAAAAUAAGCCCCAGAACAAGUUAAGAAUAUCAGCAAUGAGUGCUGAAAAAGAACAUAUUUUACAUCUUCCGGAAAUAGCAAGAGAUGCUUAUAAAGUUUGCAAGAUUAUGUGCGACAAACGGAUCUGUCCUGAUUUAUGUAUAAAGAAUUUCAGGAUUCCUAUAAAAAGGAUACUCACAAGUUAUAUGCUCAAAAAUGCGGUAUUUCAUGCAAUUAAUGACUUUAAGACAGGUGACCAGAGUAAAAACAGUGAGUUCAAAAUGUCGAAUUUUAACAAAAAUUUGACAAUCCAAACAAUAGUGCAAAAUACGUUUUUAAAAUUGAUGAAAUUCGUCAAAGAAGAAAGGUUACCAUCUUUUGUAUUUCCGUGGCAGAAUGUAUUUACAUUCAACUCAAAGGUCCUUCCACUUCACAACCACUAUUUCUGUGCAGUGGGGUAUGCCUUCAUCAAAAUCAUUAUUUCAAUCAUAAAGGAGAUGCAAGAUUUCUCAGAUGUAGAUGAACCAUCGUGUAUGUUAGCCGUUAAAGAGAGAAAAAAGGCGAAAGACAUGCAUGGCGAUGAAAGUGACGAUGAAGACGGAGAGGCUGGUGACCUGGACUUAUAAAAGGCCUACAGAUUGUGUCAUUACUCUCUCCUAUAAACAAAAAUGUCGAUGCUGUUUUCACAGAAAAUGUUUUGUCUCUGAUUUCCUCACUUUUUCAUCUUUUUAUAGGCUAUGUAAUCGUUGUGAUU